UUUUAAGAGCUAAGCUUUCGUUCACCAUUGUUGUUAGGGCGGCUUUUGAUCGGUCCUUCUUUAAACUCGUGUCAUAAAACCAGCUGGUUCCAGAAGCCAAUGCUGGCAUCACAGAAUGAGUUCAAAAGUCAAGUCUGAAAAGACAAAAGUGAAGUUUGCUCAGUCAAAUAUUAAUCAUGUUUACAAAGGAAAUACUACAGAACCUCAACAUAAACCAACUGUGCGACAAUAUGGGAUGCAAGUUGUCGGAAAGUUGCAGGGAACGCGCCGAUUACCCCCACCAGCUUGGGUCCCCAGUAUCAAGGCUGAAACAGGCGGUCUGGACAGUCGAGUUUCUCUUGUUCCCGCGGGUGGGGGUGGGUGGGGCGCUCCCUCGACUUCCAGUGCUGACCAGCCACCUGUAUCAUCCACGGGAACUGAUAGCCUUCCAAUUGUUUCUACCUUACCCUCCGUGAAUGGUGCGCUUUAUAGUGAAACAGUCGGAAAUUCUCUCGAACCAGCAUAUACAAAGUUCGUUUAUGGUAACUCAGAUAUGGGGGUAACGGGUGUAUCAACACUGAAAGAUACUUCAGUCGGUGUGAACGGCUCUGUUAAGACAGACAAAACUCAAGAUGCAGUAAAAGAUAAAGUAUCCAGUCAACCGCUAAAACCGCCGAGUGAUAAGCCAGGAUCUAGCGGAGGAUUGGCAGCUAACAAACCAUUCUUCCAGAGGCCAACUCCGAUUGUAACCACUUCUAGUACUACAACUACGACAUCUAAAUCUGAAAUUCCUGCCAAGGUUGAUGGGGGCGCUCGCGAAAUAGUUGGGGAGCCUUCUGGCUGGGUUGCUAUUGGCCAAGAUGAACCUGACUUCGAUGAACGCAUAAUUUUUAGUGAUGAUGAAGAGUAUGAAGUAAAAUCCAUCCAAUCGACCACAACGACAAACAUAUCAGAACAACCUGCACAGUUUUCGAUCCCACCUUCUAAUACUGUUAAGACCAGUUUGCAUGCUAUGCCUAUGAAACCCUUUGUCAGCCCGUCGACUAAUUUACAAGGAGCUUGCGUCAUCCAGUCACAAUCGACGGUAUCUCAAAAUAUGUACGGCUCUAAUUUAAUGACAUCAAACGCUUGGUCCGCUGCGGAUGUUUCAUACACUCGAAACUGUUCAGUUAGCCACUCUGGACCUCCACCAAUUAAUCUUCCUUACAGCAUUGCGUCGAUAAAUACUUGUGGGAUUACUUCUGAUGCCAACCGUUCAUUACCAGGUGGACAGUUUAUGAACCAUGUUACAUCUCCAGGCGUUAUAGAUUCGUUCUACUCUACACAUCCACUUCAAAGUCGUUUGGCGGUGUCGAUUGCAAGUGGCAUUACUGACUCUGUAAGGUCAGCAACGGAUGUAGAUGCCGAAUUACAACAGGCUCAGAGGCAAGCACGAACCCAAGAAUUUAAAAAUGCAGUUGAAAGAGCUCAACAGGCAAGAGCACGACAAAAGCUUUCUGAAAGCUGUUCAGCUGAAAGUGAUAACAUGUUACCUAAGUCUGCUCUGGGUCUCUUGCCCAGCAUGUCAGAAAACAGAUCACUUCCAUCUGUUCCUACGCCUUUCACGACUACGGCAUGCCAAGCUGGUCCUAAUUGCUUGUUCCCAGUGGGGGACCAUUCAUCUGUUAGUCAUAUGCUUAGCGCUCCUCCUCAUAAUAUGCUUCCUGCGUUUCCAACAUCAGGACCUCUAGAUAUAACAGCCGCAAUUGCCGCUGCGACUGCUGCUGCCAUAGCGUACACAGGUGGAGCAGAUAGUGGGGUCCCAGAAAGAAGUAGAAUUGAAAUGCCUCUUAGUGUUUCCUCAAUUAUUUCUCAGACACAGGUGCCAAUGCCUGUUAGUUCAAACACAGCAACUGCUGGCACAUGGCAAGCUCAGUUUGGUUCUAACAAUUCAAUGCCUGCCGCUAUGGUCCGAUUGCUUUCUCAGCAGCCUCUUAUGGCACAGUUACUACAGAAUGCUCUUAAAAUGUCUGCGGGUAAUUCUCAAGUACCUAAAUCUGCUCAGAAUUCACAAGGUGUGUUUUUAAAUCCCGACUUCUCUGUUGAACGUUUCCUCGAGAUUUUCAAUCAGUCACAGAUGAAUUGGCCUCAAGGGCCUCCUAUUAGUUCACCCAAGAAUACGAUCUCUUCAGAAUCGAAUGCUCAGGUCGCGAUAUCUACCCUGCGACAUGAUCAGUCUUCUACUAGUACUGUGGAUUCAUGUCUACGAAACCAGUAUGCAUCUACAACCCCAGUUUCAGGUAAUCCUGACGAUACUGUCGGUUCACAAAACGUUAAAGAGUCUGAUGGAUCAUGCGAAAAAACUCAUCGAGUUCACAGGGUUUCACAAUCAUCCAGCAGAUCGGAUGUUACUGUAGUUACUACCAGCUCGACUGUAACAAGUAGUAAUUCUCCUAGUCAACGAACCACUCGUGUUCCUGGCUUAAUGGAUAUUAAAGUAUCAUGCGCAUCAUCUCAACACUUGGCUCAUCUCUGGGACAAGGAAGAUCACUUACUAGAUCCAGUAAGCCGUGGUUCUCGGGGUCGUGGAAAGAGCUUGAUGUCAUACAAGCCUCAGAGAGGAAGUGCUAAGGGUCGUGGGACCACUAAAAGCCAUCUUUUCGAAGCUGUGACAAGUGACUUCAAAUCUAUGAAUCUUCGCGAACCAUGUGAUCCACAAUAUUCUGCAGAUGACUAUGAUGUAUCACAUCGUUCACACAGUGUUUCAAAGUCGUCGAAAUCCUGGCGUUCGAAACCGUCACGCAGCGUUGAUGAUUCAGUUAUAGAUGCCUAUAAUAUGAAUUCACGGGUCAAAUCUGGUUUGACUGAUGACGAACAUAUGAGAUACAGAAAGCAGGUUCGAAAUAUAACAGACGAUGGUUGUUGGACGCGUACAGAUCUGAACAAUAAUAGUUCACCUUCUGUGUUGUCUAGCGAAAGUGAGAGUAAUGGAUGCGGUAUCCUUAGUGACGUUCAAGAAGGUGAUGGUACUGAAGAUGACAAGAGCUAUAACCGAUUCCAUAACCAGUCUGGGAAAAAAAGGAAUCAGCACCUAAGUAAAUUCUCACAUCCGAAUCAAGCUGGAGUGUCUGAUAAUAACGAUAGAAAUAAAAAUCUCAGUACAUCAUACAACAGACGAGGUCGACGUGGUCGUGUCGGGACAAAUAGUCAUUUUACAAGUUCCAGGAGUUAUACUACAGAUGAUUUCUCUUCAUACUCGAAACGUUAUUCAAAAGGUUCGGAACAAGACUAUUAUUGGCGUCAACAUUAUGGUUCUGGGUCCAGAGGAGUUCGUACAGGUCAUUCUGUCGGAUUGAGCAUUGAUCAGCGCAAGAAUCAUAGUAACGAUGAUAUCCUUUACAGACCAUCUGAGCGUCAAGCCUCUCGAAGUAUUACUUCUGGCAGCUUUACUGGAUAUUUUGGUGGUCGAAUGACUCGUUCAUACGCACAAUACGAAUCAUCUCGUGAUCAGAACAAGGAUUUAGAUAGUCAAUACUACGUUACAAAUGGUCGUCAGAUGAGACCGCAAAAGAUGUAUUACAGUCAUAAGGGACAGUUUUCAAGUACCACUGAUUUUUCUCAUGAGUAUGUUGCUAGUGACAACGAUGAAAAUAAGUCUCACAGUCGAUCAACUAAUUACCCUGAUAGUAAAGCGAAGGUUUAUGCUGUCAGUGGACGUUUCCAUAAAACAUACAGAAAAAACCCAACAAACGCUACCACAAAGUCUGAGUUAAACACUCAGCCACAUAUUGAUACUGAACAGGUAACUAAACUGACACUGGAUAGUACUAAUAAUCGGACGGAAGGUGUAGAUGAUCCUGAAGUUCCCACCGUUCGUGUCCCCGCUUCAGAUUCAGUUAUUAUGAACUCCCAGUACUCUAAAACGCGCACUAAUCGUUUUGCCACUCACAAAGUUUUAGGGACAUCCAAACGCAUAAGUAGUCGUGCUGGUCAAAAUCAUCAAUCAAAACGUCUUAACGGCUCUGUUAUUCAUACCACUCGUCGCUAUCGAGAAAUGCGGGAUCGAUACAAUGAUGAAAAAGAUGGUGAUGGAGGUGCUGCUGCUGGCGGUGUAGGCCGGUCUGGAACAUCUAGUGGUGUAUCUGCUUCCAUUAUUUUUAAGACUGGAACUGGUGGAAAUAGUAAUUCUCGUGGUGGCAAUCAAUGUAGUGGUAAUGGUGGUCAUACUGAUUCUGCUGUCGAUUUCGUUGAUCAAGGAAAGCAAAGCAACAAUAGUGAAGUUGUUUCAAAUACUGCUAACGAUCCGCUUGAUGAAAAUAAUGUGAACUCACGGUCUCUUAUGCGUCGGCGGCAAGCGGUUGGUACCAGUCCAAGAUCUGCUGCUGGUGGGAUUGCUUUACAAACAGAAUGUUCUAAAGUCUCUUCUUCCCCAUCAGUUAUUAGUGGAAAUGUCCAGAAAAAUGAAAAGUCUCAAUUAUCAGGUGGAAGUUCCACAAACCAACAUAGCGCUUACCGUAGUACCACACGUGCCUCUCGAUAUGGAACCAGUUUUUACCACAAAAGAAAUGAUAUAUCCUCAAUACCGCCUUUAAUGUCUAUUAAGCCUCAUGUCUCAUUUCCCGAAAAUUCUUAUGCUUUGGAUUCCUUGUCUACAUGGACUAGUCGUGCAGAGCGAAAAAAAGAAACAGUCUUCAAGGAUGAUUCCGAUAAGUUCUCGCAAUCAGGUAAAGAGUUCGAUGAGUUAAAUCAAGACAUUUUUGAAGAAGAUACUCCACAUGGGGAUGGGUUUACAAAAGUUGUCUCAAAAGCAAGCAAGUAUUUUGCACGUCGACGAAUGCAGCAAGAAGUUUCAGUUUCUGGUGUCUUGAACACAAGAAAGUCAAAUACUUCCUCUAGAAAUGUUGGUAAUGUAAGCCAAGUAUAUUCCAGGGAGGGUUCAACUUUAACUACCACUCUUUCACAAAACUAUGUACAUACAAGUGACCAUAAAAGUCAGUCAAGUGGGCUGUUGAGAAGUUUGUCAGGUAAAAAGAAGUCUCUACCAACUAAAGUAAGUUUUAUGGGUCCACCAUUAUGUUUAGACGCAACUUCAUCAUUAUGCACCGUUACAACUUCUGUUUUGUCUGGUCAAACUAACCAACCAGUUCCUUGUAGUAGCAGUUUGUCAUCAACACCUACAUCAUCUGUGCUGCAGAAGAUUUCUUUUUCAACUACUCGUACAUGGUCAAAAGUUGUUGGGACAAAGUUUGCGAAAUCUCCACCUGAAAACCAUGGUGACUCUACAAAAACAUCAGUUUUACUCAAUUCAAAUUCAGUCUGGCAAUCAGAACAUUCAAACCACGUAAUUACUGAGGAAUCCAAUGAAGAUAAAAAGUUAUUAGACAACACAGCCGCUACAACAACCAGUAACACGGAUCCAGUGGUGAACUCCUCUUAUGCUUCCAUGCAGUCGUUAUGGUCGAUUGGUGAUAGCAUACCUCAAGCUAACAAAAAUCAUUCAAAUAAUAAUACUUUGCUCUUGGCUAGUAGUACAGUUCAGGGUACGGUUGUUCCUUCUGCUGGUCCGCUAUGUACUGUUAGUCCUUCAACUACAUUUUCAUCUCAAAUUUCUAAUAACAUUUGUAAGGUCAAACCUCAACAACAACAGCUUCUUCAGGUUACUUCCAUCUCACCUCUUGUUUCGACUUCUAUGCACUUGAAUCUUCUUAGCCCAUCUAAUAAUAAUAUUAUUGAGAAUAUCUCCACUGCAGAUUUGAUAGGAGAAACAGAAAGAUCUGACUUCGAAUGUUGUGGUGACAUUGGACGCACUAAUGCCCUUUUAAGACCGCCUAUCUCAGAUUUAACAACUUUAUCCAGUAAUUCUUUUCAGUCUUGGUCUUCCUCAAAUGCUCUAUAUACACCAUUCUCUUUAUCUAAUGUUCCUAUAAAUCGUCAUGAAAGCAACAUGUUUUCCGGUAACGUUUGGCCUACAGCUGAUCAAAGUAUGGAUGUGAAUAUUAAUUGCAUAACAGGUUCGUAUAAUGCUAAUUCUAAUCAACCACACUUUCAAAAUCAAAUGAGUUCUAAUAUUCUUUCAAAUGUUUUAACUCACAAUAAUACCGUCCCAUCAUUGGAUAGUAUGACUAAGCAGUCGACUAUGUCUAUCACACCUAGGCAACAGCACAUACAGUCUUAUCAAAACUCAAUAUUGACACCCGCAGAUAGAGUAAACAUAUACUCCAGUGGUCCAUAUGGAAAUAACUCUGCAGAAUUUGGAAAACUAUCAAACAACAUAUGUGUUCCGUCUCAACAAAUGACUUUUGUAUCUGCAGCGCCUUCAUUAUAUGUUCAUCCACAGUCAACUACAAUUCAGCCGGCACCUUCUCGUUCUUUUCACCAUUCCUUGUCAAUUCCGAUUCAGUCACAAAUGAGUCAAGCUCGGAAAUGCAGACAACAGGUACCACAUCAAAUGGAUCCAUCCACAUUCACUGCUGGGUAUUCGAGUUUUCCCACGGACGUAAAAGUAUGUUUAUUUCUCUUUUGAGCCUUCUUUAUGUUAAUGAUUCAUAAAUGAUUUUAUAAACAAAGUUUCGUGCUGAUAUAAUCUAUUGUCAGUUUUACACCAAAAUCCAUUUUGUCACACUAAAUUGCUAUCUUCUACCUGUGGUUAUGUCAGCACCUGAGUGAACAACUACUGUUUAUGCGUUCAGUCUUGUAAGCAAUUUCAUUCUUAUCCCUUUUAGUUGAACCAACGAAUUUUAACCCUAAUAUUAUUAAAUUUUUAAUCAAAACUAGUACAAUAAUGUAACUUAUCUAAGCAUUCUGAUCUAUAAGUGCGCUAAUGAUUUGAUUUUUAUUUGUAGUGUUUUAUUUUAAUUUCAGAAUGAAUACAAUUUCCCUCCAUCUAUUGCUGGUUGUAUUCCACCUCCUCCUUCUGUUGGCUUGUAUUCAGCCAUUCAUCAGUCUAAUUACCCACAGAAUUCAGGAAGACAUGCAAUCGGAUUUCCGACGACUGUAAAUUCGUAUUCUCUUCUUGGAAACCCUUCUGCUACUUCUAACCUUCAAGCCGCUGGACAACCAUUCGCCCCAGCGAUCGGACCAGCUCCUGGAAACGGUGGAGGUUUAUUACCUCACCCUGUUCCUCAGGGUGGAUACAACAAUACACCUUGUCAUUUCCCGACACCCAUCACUUCAAAUUCUGUUUCAAAUUAUGCCAAUGCUCCUAACUAUGUAGGCGUGAUUGGAGGAGGGCGUCCCAGUACUGACCAUUCAAAUGCUACUGUUCGACAAAGAGGUUUACAGCAUCACAAUUUAUUCCCCCAUCCAAACCUCCCACAGUCACCCUCAGCGCAAGGACAACAGUCCUUUCAGUUGCCAUCCAGUUUUUAUCCGUCGAUUUCACCAUCGCAUCAACGCGUAUCACUUCAGCAGUUUGGAGGUACUUCUCGUGCAGCAAUCACUGGACCAAUUAAUCCGCAAAAUGGACUUUAUGGUCCAGCAUUUGGUGGGGCUUCUCAUCCACCAAAUCAAGCCACUCCACCUCCUAUCGGACAUCAGUUGAAUCCCAUAGGUUUUUAUAGUAAUCCGUUCCAAUAUCCAUCUCGUCCAGACGGACUUCAUUGACAAAUCAUCCGUACAAUGUGUUUUUUGACUUUUAUUGUGGAGAAUUAUUUUCCGAGUUUUGUGCUUCCAUCCUUACUAUAUAUCGUAUGAUCAUACUGUAGUCUUUUCGCAUUACAAUUGAAAAGUGGUCAAUACUUGUCUUAAAAUGCACAACAUUUUUGUAGAUCAACUGUAGUAGUCUUGACCAGUUUUUCUAUAAACAGGAUAUUUUUUUUUGAUUUUUUGUUUGUGUCAAUUCUAUGUCUCUUUGAGUUUUUAUUAAAUUAAAUGUUUGACUGUAAAUUGUGUGCUUCUUAUGAAUCCUUGUCAUGUUAUACAUUGUCUAUUAAAUUGUUAACACGAUAGCUUGUGUUUCCGAUUGAUUGCCUUGACUAGUGGUGAUUUUAUUGCUCUUUCUCUAUUUUUCAACUUGAGAAUCCCAUAUAAUUCUUCUUGUCUGUCUAUGAUUUGACAAUUGAUCUGCAGUUUUACAUAUUAUCAUUAUCAUCAUUUAUAAUUGUUGUACACGUUCCCCUUCUGCCCAUCGGCUAACUUGAUUGGUUAUUCUUGUAAACAGGAUAUAUACAUAUAUUUACAGAUAUAUGUCGUUUACAUUUGCCUGAU